GGUGCUUUUCCAUUGGGCUGCUUGCUGAAGUUCACUGACUCCCAGGUUCUCUUCUGUGUUUGCUCUGGGGGUCUCACAGCAGAACUGCUGAUGUGCUGGCUUUCUGGAUGAGGACACAGUAGGCACAGUUGCUGUACUUUGGCUAAGACCCUCACACUAAAUUCCCAAUGCUGGACUUCUCCUGGCUAUUCCUAGAUGUACCCCUUGGCUGGACCAUGAUCCACCUAUGCUGUCCACACAGACCUGUCCUGAAGACAUUCCAAUGUAUCUUAAACUGAAAAAUUACAUUCCAAAUGUUUCUGGGUUCUCUCACUCCAUAAUCCAAACGGGCACUUAAUCUGCCAAAAGUGUUAUGUUUGGUUUUUCAUUGAGUACCCUGAUUCCUUCAAUUUAUCUUUCAUCAGUUAUUACUGAAGAAAACAUUUCCAGUACAAUAUUGCAUAAUAGUGGUGUGAAUUGUCAUGCUUGUUUAACCCUUGAUCUUAUUAGGAAUAUUUCUAGGCAAUCAAAAUUCACAUGACUCGGGAAGAGCAAUUGCAGUACAGUGGCCUUCCCCAAGGAGAAGCUUCAGGGUCUUGUUGAAAUAUCUCCCACAUCUAUGACUGAAACAAGGGAAAUCUUCUUCUCUGUAAUUAUGUAAUAUAUGGACUAUCAUAUAAAGAACCAGGGUGUGAAAUACAUUUUUGGGAAUGGUUCUGUAGGAGAAGUUUUGUCACUGAGUGUUGCAGAAGAGUGAGUGACAAAUGGAAAGAGUAAGUUGGACCAUGUGAUCAUCCACAUACACUCCUAAUUAUGUACCUGUGGAGGUGGUUAUCAAAGCCAGAAUGGCAAAAAAAAAAAAAAAAAAAAAAAAAAAAAAAAAAAAAAAAAAAGAAUUAAAACAGCGUCGUUUUUUCUCACAAACAUAAAUAGCUGUCAGUUAAAAAUGUUUAUUGCAUUCUCCUGUCACCAUCUUAGAUUCCCUCUGCCAUGUGUAGUCCCAGUUGUCCUGCUGGAUUCAAGAAGUUGCCUUUGGAGGGGAAGCCUCCUUGUUGCUUCAGCUGCUCCCCAUGCUCAGAAGGAGAAAUCUCCAGCCAUAUGGAUGCCGAGCAGUGUAAGAAGUGCCCAGAGGAUGAGUAUCCCAAUGAGCAGAGAGAUCGCUGCCUCCCCAAGACUGUGACCUUCCUGGAUGUGAAUGAACCCUGGGGGAUGGCAGUGACAGUUGUAGCUGUUUCACUCUCAUUGCUCACGGUCCUGGUUCUGUGGGUCUUUGUGAAGUUCCAAGACACUCCCAUAGUCCAAGCCAAUAACAGGAACCUCAGCUACCUGCUCCUCACCUCCCUUUCCUCCUGCUUCCUCUGCUCCUUGCUCUUCAUUGGCCGUCCAACAAAGGCUUCCUGCCUUCUCCGACAAACAGUGUUUGCAAUUGUGUUCACAGUGGCUGUUUCCUCCAUUCUGGCCAAAACCAUCAUAGUAGUUCUGGCUUUCAGGAUUACAAGGCCAGGGAGCAGGAUGCGGAUGUUCCUUCAUCCCAGAGUGCCCUACUGUGUGGUUCUCAUCUGUUCUGGAAUCCAAGGGCUUUUCUGUGCCAUCUGGUUGGGAACCCAUCCCCCCUUUCCAGAGGCAGACACACGCUCUGAAUCCAGGCACAUCAUCCUCACGUGUAACGAGGGCUCCGCCUUUGCAUUUUACUGUGUCCUGGGCUACAUGGGCUUUCUGGCCCUGGGCAGCUUCACCAUAGCCUUCCUGGCUAGGAACCUGCCCGAUGCCUUCAACGAAGCCAAGUUCAUCACGUUCAGCAUGCUGGUGUUUUGCAGCGUCUGGGUCUCUUUCCUCCCCACGUAUCAGAGCUCCAAAGGAAAAGCCAUGAUGAUCGUGGAGAUCUUCUCCAUCUUGGCCUCCAGUGCUGGGUUACUGGGCUGCAUUUUUAUUCCCAAAUGUCUUGUGAUUCUCCUGACAUCAUGGGAAAAUAACACAAAACAUAACAAGAAUCAAGGGAGUUCCAGGAAUAAGAAUUCUUCUUUUUAAAAAAAAAAUUGAUAUCUUUAUUUUCCCUCGUUCCAUGUAAAAUAACAUUUUCAAAUUUUUUUUAAUGCUUUGACUUCCACAUUCUCUCCCUUCUUUCCAAACCCCAGAAUCAUUGCGAUCUCACACGUGCAGUUACACCAAAAUAUUUAUAGAAAUGUCUUGUUGAGAAAUAUA